AUGACUGACCAUGAACGACAAAGAACUAUCGACUCUUGGCAUACGCGGGCUGAUGCAUAUGAAAUUCUCAUUGGAAAAUAUCCCAUCUUUACUAAUAUGGCGAUGGAAAUGAUUAAAUUUGUUGAAAGACAUCGAAAAAUGAACGAUGAGGACAUUCGUAUCAUGGAUUUAGCUGCAGGAACCGGUUUAAUUUCGAAAUUAUUGAUCGAUCAUCUACAUUUAUCUCCUUCUGCAUUGUAUCUUAUCGAGCCAGCUGAACAAAUGUGCACACACGCUCGACAGAAGAUCCGAACUCCUCAUGUUUAUCAAAUCGCUGCUGAAGAUUGCUUACAACUAUCGAAUAUUCCGCGAAAUGCUUUCGAUUUCAUUCUCUGCAAUGCUUCAAUGCAUCUCAUGUCCGAAGAUACGAUAUAUCCCGUGAUAUCGAAAUUACUUAAACCUAAAACUGGUUAUUUCCUUUAUACAUUAUGGUAUCACGCCUUCGAUGAAACUGAUGAUUAUGAAAAAGACGAAGAGUUCGAGAAAUGUUUCAACGACGUGUUAACAUCGUUGAACUAUCCGAAGUAUUUCUCAACAAGGAACUCGAAAUUGGCCAAAUCGAAACGAUCGAGAAAGUAUCUGGAAGAAACUGCGGGGAAAAAUGGUUUGAAACUUGAAUCUUGUACGAUCCGUACGUAUCGAACAGCGAUGAGUUUCGAUCUUGACUUCACGUUGAUGAUGCCGAAUUGGUUACACGAACAUUUGAACACAUUCGACUGGACGCAAAAGCAAAAGAAUGCUUCGAUAAAGGAACAAAUCGUCAAUCAAGUUCGAGAACUAAUUCAGAACAAAUUUAAUGACAUUCCUAUCGUUGAAAUCAUUGUUUCGAAAGUUUGA